CCGGCUGGAGACGCGCCAUGUGACGGUCGAACCCUUCGUCCCGAAGGAAAGCAAAAUCGGCCGCCGUCUCCUCCCCGCCGCCACCGCCACCGCCACCGCCACCGCCGCCGCUGCCUCCUCUCCAGAUCCCGACCGUAGCGAGCCCAUCCUCCCCUUUCCUCCACCAAAAAAGAUCAAACUUUCCAUCCCGAAACCCUAACCUCCACCGACCAUGCCACCGCCACCGCCACCGCCACCGGCGCUGCUGGACGAGCUCCUCGAGGAGAUCUUCCUCCGCCUCCCGCCCGACCAGCCCGCGUGCCUCGUGCGCGCCUCCCUCUCCAGCAAGCUCUGGCUCGGCAUCCUCACCGGCGCUCGCUUCCGCGGUCUCUACCGUGAGCGCCAUGGAUCUCCCCCAAUGCUAGGCUUCAUUUAUUCCGGGGACAUCCGGGAGGAGGAGGAGGAAGACAACCUCCCUUACUUCGUCGCCACCACUAAAUUCGGCAUGCGCAUCCCCGGCGUCGAGGACUGGAGGGGCUGGCACAAGGACUACACCGCGUGGGACUGCCGCCAUGGCCGGGUGCUCUUUGCCGAUACCAAUAUCUUCACCAUGCCGCUCGUCGUCUGGGACCCCAUGACGGGGCACCGGAGGCUGCUGUACGCACCCGAGGACUACGACAGCAGCGGGGCCGCCGUGCUCUGCAGUGUGGCCGGCUGCGACCACCGCGCGUGCCAUGUCGGACCCUUCCAGGUCGCCUUCGUUGGCCUCUACUGUUCUGAUGAGGGCUGUGUCGCGCAGGCACAUGUGUCCUUGCCGGAGGUGGUUAAGUGGAGCAAGCCGUGCUCUCUUGAUCUUGCGGCGCAGUAUGCAUUCAUAGUCAACAGGCCCCCUGUCUUGAUCCGAGGCGCACUUUACUUCACGCUUAUUUAUGAACUUGAGGAUGGUGAUGACGACAACGACGAAGCAGCUAUUCUCGAGUAUGACUUGGUCUCUAAUUGUCUGACGCUGGUUGAUGCGCCACCGGUGAAGACCGGCCUAGCCGGUGACAUUGUCCUCAUGGCGAUGGAGGAUGGCAGUUUGGGGUUUGCGCAUGUGGACGGUUUAAACCUCAACUUGUGGUCAAGGCACAUGGGUUCUAACGGAGUCGCAUCAUGGCCUCGGCAUAGGGUCAUCAAUCUCGAGACACUUAUCCCUAUUCGAAACCCCAAGGAAAAACUUAGACCGAUUGGAUCUGUGGAGGGAAGUGAUGUCAUUUUCGUGACCAUGGACCUUGGCAGCAUCUACGAGAUUAAUCUCAAGUCACUACAGUGGAAGAAGAUAUGGUCGAGAGAGAAAUGUUGUGCUUUGUUUCCAUACAUGAGUUUCUACAAUCCUCCAGAAAGGGUGAGCUUCUCUGAUGCGGAGAAUUGACAAUGCAUGGCUGAAUUUGCGUAAGGGCAGGAGGCCACCCUCAUCAACAAUAUGACCAACUUGGAGGCGACAUAAAUCUUAUGAUAAAUCAUGUCACUAUUUUGUUGCUAGUUCUGUUGAAGGGUGCAUUGUUCUCUUGUAUUAUUGUUGGCUUUUGACAGUAAACUUGAUAGCUUCUUUGUGUUGUUGCCAUGUAUAAGUGGGUAAACGGGUUAUCUAAGUUUAUUGCAGCAGCAA